AUGUCGAGGGCAGUAGAGGCGGGCGUGUCUCUUGUGAAUGAGAUGGGAUUGGACCCUGGUAUUGAUCAUAUGCUAGCCCAAGAGUGUAUUGAUCAGGCCAAAGCUGAUGGAUGCGCUGUAGAAUCAUACGUGUCGUACUGCGGCGGACUUCCUGCUCCCGAGUGUUCAGACAAUCCUCUGCGCUACAAGUUCAGCUGGAGUCCUUCUGGCGUUCUCCUUGCCUCCAUCAGCCCUGCCGUCUUCCUUCGCGACAAUCAGCUGGUUAGUAUUCCAGGAGGCGGUGGUCUGAUGGAUGCCGUCACGCCAAUGGAAUUCUUUCCUGGCUUCAACUUUGAAGGUUAUCCCAACUGCGACAGCACCAAGUACGCAGAACUCUACGACAUACAAGACACGCAUACAUUGCUCAGAGGAACGCUUCGAUACAAGGGUUUCUGCAGAGCCAUGCGUGGUUUUGUCAAACUGGGUCUGAUCAACAGCGAGCCUUGUCCCAUCCUCCGCAACGCAUCAUCACCUGUCACAUGGAAAGCUAUUCUGUGUCAUGUGAUGGGUUUGCCCGCUUCGACCUCCAGCGAUGUGUUUGAAGCCGCAGUGUACGAACGCGUCGAUCGGGAUGACUGCAGCAUGGAUUCCCUCAAAUGGUUUGGCAUGCUAAGUGACGAUCCAAUUCCUCACGCCGACAGCAUUCUCACUGCACUCAGCAGACUUCUUGAAGCCAAACUCUCUUUCGGCAGCGGUGAGCGCGACAUGAUUGUGCUGCGUAGCGAGUUUGGCCUCCGUCACCCGACAGGCGAACUAGAGAACAAAUGUGUCAGUUUGGUGGUGUACGGCGAAAAUGGACGGUUCUCCGCCAUGGCAAAGACUAUCGGAUACCCUGUCGCCAUUGCUGCACGCAUGCUCCUCGAUGGUGAGAUAUGUACCAAAGGUGUCUUGCUACCCAUCAGUAAGGAGAUCUACGUGCCCAUAUUGAAGCGUCUCAAGGACGAAGGCAUGAACAUCACCACCACCAGCACCCUUGUUGAAUAUUCAUGAUGAUGUCAUCAGCUUAUCAUUCUUUUUAGUGCUCUAGCACUAAGUAGUUCUCUGGCACUCGAGAUUUCAAUUUCAUUACUGUUUAUUAUGCUUCUAAACAAUCAAUUGCCACUUUAGGGAGCUCAGCGUGGCCCAAUUUUUAUGCAUCCUGGUGACAAGGAAUUCAUUGGUCACCCCUUAACGUCACCUAAAGCAACCUCUGCAGAGUUGAUAUGUUUCACCCAUUGACAUGAAGUUGAAUGGAUAUUGCGUAAACAGAAGGUGUUAAGGGCCUAUGUAGUAAAUUGUUGCUGAAGUCGGCCAUUUUGGUUAAAAGUACCCAUGUCUGUCGUAUUAAAUGAUACGUGGGUGGGGUGAGGGGGUGGGUGUUAUCCCCCUAACCUUUUUUACCCAUCAACAUGAAAUUAGUUGAACAUUUCUACUAUAGCAGGACACUCCAUAAAGUCUCAAGAACCUUUGCUGGCAACUGACCAGAAAAUCAUCCAUUUUAGUAUGAAGCAGCCAAUUUGAAAAAAAAAAAAAAAAAAAAGUAGACCCUGACACCAAUAUCUGUAAACCAACAGCAGAUUGAGUGGGCAUUUAUAAAAAAAACGGGGCACACCAAAAAGUCUCAGUGAUUAAAAAUCAGUUCACCGUUUUGGUGGUGUAAAGUUUGAACAAUAAAAAGCACAAUUAUCCUCUGCCACCAGUUUGGGUUUGAAAUGGAGAUGGAUGGGCAUGUUUAUCGACGCGCUGUCUAAGGGACCCAUGCCCAAAUUGAACAUUAAAGUCAAAUUUCCAAUAAGAUAAUCUGCCCAAAUGAAGCCAAAUUUAGAAAGAGCUUUAUUAUUUGUGAGGGUAUGAGCAUAUUUAUUGCCAUCAUGAUAAAUGUUUUUAUGAAUGUCAUGCUACUGAUGAGGAUGUUACAUAAAAGCAUCUUUUAGAGAAAACAUUACGAACUGUCAUGAAUAUAUAUUUCUAUGCUGCAUUUCUAGGUCAAGAAAAAAAACAAUCUUUAUGAAGAUCUCAAACAAAAGGCAGCUUUAUCAGUUUAAAGAAAAGUAUAAAAUAUGACUAAAGUUACAAGAACAUUAAUUGGAGACUUCAAGAAGAAUGUAUGUGGGAAACAUCUGAUUUUUUUCUUUUGGCUCUAUUUUAUCUUCUAUUUUAUUUUGACUGUUUUGCUCGUUAGUUGUGCUUAGGGUUACACGCGCCCCCU